AUGCCCGAUGCCAUACCUCGUGCAGGUCCUCGACCAUGUAAUAUGGACCAGUCACAGCGUACCAAAAGAACCUCCAAUGCCUGUCAAAGAUGUCGAUCUCGAAAAGUCAAAUGCUCCGGCACACAACCUUGCGACAAAUGCAGCCAGCGCCGGCAGGAGUGUGUCUUUGAGGAGGACCGAAAGAUCACGGUCUCCGAGGAACUCUUCUUAUCUUUGCGGCGGAGGGUGGAAGAGCUCGAAGGCUCGUCGCCACAGCCGCCUAGAAAGCGGGCGCGUACAUUGGGGAAUAGCAGCCCUGAUGCGCUCAUACAACGACAACCAUCAGAGGGUGCCAAAGAAUCAAUAUUGGAACCUCCUGAUGGAAGCCGGUAUGAUGACCGGUUUGCUUCCAACCCAUUAGUCUCUCCAUCUACCUAUGUCAAGCAUACUGGUCGGAGACAACGAAUCUGGCUGUUCCUCGGUCCCACGUCGACUUGGUCAUUCAGUCGUCGUGUCCUCAGCAACAUCCAAACCCGCUUGAACCCAAACAACCCCAAGCCGAUCCCUUUAGCUGUGGACGGUGACGCGUAUCAAAUCCACUGGCGUCGGGCCAGCUCGGAUGAAGCGCCCGAUAUAAGCGGACUGCCUUCGUUGGAACAUGCCCUGUAUAUCCACAACACGGUUCAGUUCCAUUUCGGCCAUCUGUACCAAAUGUUCGAUGAGAAGGAGUUCUUGCAACACCUCUAUGGCUUCUACGAAAAUGCCGCUGUCAAGGUCCAAGAAAAUCGAAUCUGGUACAUCCAGUUUUUGAUUGUGCUAGCCUUCGGGGACGCCUUCUUAGCCCCCGUACGAAAAUCGCACAAUACAGCAGGCUGGACCAAGUACUUCUCGCGAGCCAUGUCACUCCUCCCUGAUACUGGUGGGUUGUGGCACGAUCCGACUCUGGCCAUUGAGGUGCUUGCCCUAAUUGCAUUAUAUCUUCACUCGGUGGAUAUGAGAGACACUGCUUAUUGCUACAUCGGCCAUGCAAUGCGGAUGUGCCUGGUGGAAGGGUUCCACCGUGCUUUGCCAGUUGAGCAGCUAGGACAGAAGCUAGUGGACCGAUGUAGUAACAUCUGCCCGGAUGGAAAACUAGGCGGCCGUUUCCUUCGCAAAGUCCGGUCUGUUUUGCACGAAAUGACGGAUCUUUCACGAGAAUUAGAAAACGUGUUUGCACAUCGCUUCUCCAAUUCCGUGGAUGCCCUAUCGGGUGUCACAACACGAUUGACCUUAUCCUGUCAUCUGUGUAUCAUCGUUACUACUCGACCCCUUGUCCUGAGCCUCCUAUGGGAGCGACUCAGCUGUUUCGAAGAGGGCGAUGUUUUCCGCACCUUAUCAUCGCCUGUUCGAACCCUGCUGGAAGCAUGCACUGAUUCGGCAACCAAAUCGUUGCGGAUAUUGUGUGCAUUGCGUGACCAGAAUAUCCUCGAAACAUUCCUUCCCUUCGACCUGGAGAACCUAUUCUCCUCCUUCUUUGUACUAUCCCUAAUCUCUGCCAUACUCCCGGACACCCUCCCCGACCCCAACUACCGCGAAAUCGGAUUCAAUCUACUAGACGAUAUGAUCGCACGAGGGAAUCGGGUCGCACAACUCCGCAAGUCGGAAAUCGAGCUGUUAGAGGAGCUUGUGCAGCCAUUGAUUCGGUCUCAAGCACAGCCCCCACAGGGGGAGAAUCCAAGAUCGCAUCUUGUGGCUCCGGUUGGUGAAAACCGUGUAGCCGGGCUGGAGAAUGCUCUGCCUGCGUUAUAUGUCGGUAGCAGUACCCCUGCGUUACCUUCCAACGAGGAAGACUUACCUUUUGAUUGGCGAGAACUUGGUCUUUCGAUGGAUCAUAUGCUGUCCGUGACGGAUCAACUGGAUGCGAAUAAUUUGAUUCUCGAUGCAGAGAGAGAGGGACUUCAGACGGAUCUGUGGCUGUGGAGUGAUGCAUGA